AUGGCUUCUCCGUCGAGAGGUCGGCUACUACAGCUGAUGCAGCUUCAAUGCUCAAUCUUCUCUACGACCUUCAACCCGAUGCAGCAGCGUUUAGGCAACAAAGUCCUACGCCAACGGUUAAGAGGCCCAGCGUUGGCAUCGUACUACCCCCGACGAUCAGCCACCGUGGAAGACGUUCUGGACGAGUUCAAAAAGUUUGAUCUGGAGGGUUUCAACGAAGAAGAGGACGACAGACUGGAGAAUGUCGCCUUUGCCAAGCUACGGGGAAAGGGUGCGCCCAAGAAGAAGAAGUCGGCAGCAGAGGGCCGGGCCAACAAGAAGAGGAGAUAA